AUGUUCAACGGCCAGAUUCUAGAGACCAACGACGACUGGGUUAACGACCUGCUCGACAAUGGGUCGCCCCUAUCCAGCUUCUCUCUCCUGAACAGCUCCGACGAGGAAUGGCAGCGACAUAUCGACGCGAUGAUGAGCAGCCCCGACUCUCCGGAAGACAUCUACAUUGCCGACUCGAUGAAUGAUGAAUACAUCGUGAUGGGUUACGAUGGCCAACAUCAAGGAGGGCAGGGCUCGCCCUACUCCGCCGCGAUCGGGAGCGUGUUUACGGAGCAUCAAUCUCCAUACUCACAGCAGAUGAUGUCGCCCUACUCACAGCAGAUUGGAGAAGGAUACGGGAUGGAAUGGAAUGGCUGGAACAACGGCGCUGUCGGUUGCGAUGCCGGCUCUCCGUACUCCUCCCUGUCGACCGGCAGCAGCCCGCUGAACAGCUUGGCGGGAUCGCCGACUGCUAGACGAGGCCCUGGUCGACCCAACAAGGGCGGCAAGCAGCUGGCCGAACAGCGAUGGCGCGACAGCGACAAGAGGACGCGCGCCUUGAACGAGUCGUCCAGCAAGGCCGUGCUCGCCGCCCUGGCCAGCUACCAGCGGAAUACGGAGGUUGCGGAGGUCUCACAACCUCCUCGUGCCCCUCGCGCCGGACCAAUCGCCGGGCUUACCGUAGCCCAGCGCAAGGCCCAGAACCGCGAGCGCAACCGCCUCUACCAGGCCACCCACCGCAUGAAUCAGAGGGCCAAAAAAGACGCCUACAAAAGGGCCCAACAACUCGCCAGAAAGUUUGAUUACACCACGAUGCCAUCGAACGAGAAGACGUUCCUCCAGAAGGUCUCCUUGCGCCAGUGGAUCGAGAAGGCUGACCGCGAGCUCGACUCCGAGUUUCCGCUGGCGAUCCGUAGCCUAGCAGAUGAUCAAACCAAUGCAAAUUCGGAAUGCAGAUGGGUGUUCGAUACAGCGUCGGAGACGUGGGUCGAUGUAGCCCAGUCCUACGGUUCCCGUGCUCACCUGGCCACGUCCGGAUUCCACCAUCAUCAUGAUAAGCAUGUCUCGCCGAACGCAAACUACGUCGACAUUCAAAAGUUGCAGCUGACGGGAUCCCCGGCGUACUAUGCGCAAACGGAAACUGUCGCGGUUUCGUCUGAGACAUGGUUCGAAGCUACCCCGCCCGUUGCUUCCGCGGCCCCUCCUGUAACGCCCGGAUUCCACCAUCACCAUCAUCAUGCAAAUGCCUCGCCCAAGGCAAACUACGGCGACAUUCAAAAGUCGCAGCUGGCGGCGUCGCCAGCGUACUAUGCACAACCGACUGUCGCUGUUUCGGCUAAGACCUGUACCAAUCUCACCGACCCCUACGCAUCGCCUCCCCAGCUGACAACACCCGAAUUCCUCGACCAUCACACGAUUGGCUCAACAAAAGAUACCUCGUCGAAUGCAAGCCACCUCGGCAUGCAGCAGUCACAGCUCACGACGCCGCCAGCCAACUAUGCCCAACCGGAUACUGUAGCCGAUUCGCCCGAUUCGAUGGCGAGCACCCUCAGCAACCAGCCGAAUAGCGUGGAAGGAUCCCCAGCUGCGCGCAAACGCCCCGGCGCUCCAUGGCAGGGCGGGCCGGAACUCUCCAGACAAAGAUCUUACACGAAGCAGAAAAAUCAAAGGAAAUUCGCAAUGUCCCGCACCACGGUGGCGCUCCAAGGACUCGAGGAGUAUCGUGGAAUUUCCGAAAUCGGCGAAAUUUUGGGGCAACUGGAUGUGGUGGUUUAUGAUCCUCCACGCGCUAAGCCAAGCAAGAAGGUCGACGGACUUAGCGACGACGAAAAAAAGAAGCAAAAGAGACUGCGUAACACCCGGGACGUUGCCAAAAAUCGCAAGAAAAACAAGGCAAAAAUGGGUGCCUUUAAGAAGGCUCAGCUACUGGCUAAAAAACUGGAUUUAAAGAAGAUUCAGCUACUGGUUGCAAAACUGGCUUUAACGAAGAACACGGAGCUAAACGCCGACAAGGAUACCGCUGCGGACAUCGAGAAAAGAGCUGGUUUCAUCAAGAAAACCCUAGAUUCACUGACCACAGAU